AUGACAACUUCAUUGGCCUUUGCUCAAUUCUACGACUCAUGGUUCGACCACUUGCACCACCUCGUGCAGCAGCUUGCCUCCUUCUCCGCCACCUCCGCCUCCGGUGGACCGCCCCUCGUGGCGGAGGAAAACGACGAGCGGAUCCACCUGAUCGACAAGGUGAUGUCACACCACGAAGACUACUACCGAGCCAAGUCACUGGCGGCGGAGAAGGACCCACUGAACGUGUUCGUUUCGCCGUGGGCCACCACAUUGGAACGGUCCCUUCAUUGGAUCACCGGGUGGCGCCCCACCACCGCCUUCCACCUUAUCUAUACGGAGUCCUCCGUCCUCUUUGAGUCACGCAUCGUCGAUAUCCUCCGCGGCAUCCGCACCGGCGAUCUUGGUGAUCUUUCUCCAACUCAGUUCCGCCGAGUCAGCGAGUUACAAUGUGACACUGUGAAAGAAGAGAAUGCAAUAACGGAGGAGCUAUCGGAGUGGCAAGACAGUGCUUGCGACAUGAUGGGCCCACGCGCCGAUAUCAACGAGAAGAUCGGACGGCUGGUAAGCAUUAUAAGGAAAGCUGAUGAUCUACGGCUCAGAACGUUGAGGAGCGUGGUGGGGUUGCUGUCGCCGCAGCAGGCUAUCGAGUUCUUGAUCGCCUCAGCAGAGUUGCUCGUUGGGAUCCGCGGUUGGGGAUUGAAUCAUGACCGUCCACGUCGCAGAUAA